AUUGAAAGACUACAAUCGAAAUCAAAACGAAGCUUAACUUCGCUUGUUUGCGAACCGGCUGCCAAUUCGUCCGAGCCGCCACUAAUUAGCUCCAGCCGUGCCUAAAUGCUGGUUUCACGCGCAGACUGAAGGGGAGAGGUAGAAGGACAGCAGUCUGUUGCGAUGAAAACAACGUGGCUUCUCUAUGUUUUGUGCAGUGUUUUAUCACUUUGCCUCCUCAGCUGUGCAAUAGGCACUCAUGAAUCUCCAUUUACCAGAAGAAAAAAAGUUUUGAAACUGGGUACUCCAAAAUCCCAGUCAAUUCAACAGUCAAGAACAGACGACAGAAAAUCCUCUCAGAGGUUACCUACCAGCAUUUCUCCAACGUCUCCGCUCAGUUCCCAAAGGCCUUACCCUCCUCUGACCCCUCGAUCCAUGCGUUCAGGGGAGCCCGAGGCAAAGAUCCAGUCGGACUAUGCUUACCUCCCAGACGUUUCUGUAACCUGCUCCACCUCUGACGUUGUCGUGCGGGUCAAACCAGCUUUCUACGGUCUGGGCGCAGAUAAAGAGGAGCUGAAAUUAGGCAGCGCCUGCAAAAGCAACGGGGUUCUCAGACCAUACGGUGACCUGCUUUUCACGUAUCCUCUGACAGCGUGUGAUGCCGUGCGUGAGUCGCCACAUGGGUUUCUGCUCUACAAAUACGAGCUCCAUUAUGAGCCAUCGCGAGAGCGUUUUCCAAGGAUCAAUGUCGACAUUGAAUGCCGUUAUCAAAGGAGUCACCACGUGCAUCGUCUGACUGUGCGGCCCACCUGGAACACUGCUGUUGUGCAUAAAAUGCUGAAAGGAAGUCUAAAUGACUUCCAGAUAGAGUUGAUGGAUGAUUCAUGGAGCACACCAGCCAAGUCUCAGGUGUACCAGCUUGGAAAGACUGUUAAUUUCCAGGUCUCUGCUCCUGAUCUCUCAAAUGGUGGAAAACUGUACAUCAAUACCUGCCAUGCUACACCAUCAGGUGGCUCUAAAUCAUAUAUACUCAAAUACACCAUCAUUGACAAUUUUGGCUGUAUGCUGGACAGCAAGAGCAACCCAGGGGCCUCCGAGUUCAUCUCUCGGACAGACGAGACCCUAAGAUUCUCCCUAAAGGCUUUCCAGUUUACUUCUGACCCUUACCCGGAGAUCAGUAUUCACUGCAGUUUGUUUGUCACACCUGAGGACGCGGGUCCUGCACACAAAUCAUGCACUUACAGAGGGAACGGGUGGAAGGCCCUCACUGGUGAUAACUCCAUAUGUGAAUGCUGUGAUUCACAGUGCGUGACCUCUAAACCCCGGAGGGCCAUGAUGGAAGGCUCUGUCAGCAGUGGGUCAUUGUUGGUCUCUGCUCAGCCAUACGCAGAAGAUGGUUUUCUACCUGUCAGCAUGAGCAGAGAAGGCGAGACCCUGUGGAAAAGUGCCCAAGUAGUAAAGGAUGAUGAUGAUGAUGAUGAUGAAGUGCAAGACUACACAGAUGAUGAGGAGCAGCUUGAAGAAGAUAAAGAGGAAAGUGGGGUUGUCUUUGGAGUGAUGACGGAACCUGAUUUAGAGGAGUUAGGUUUUAGGAGGGUCUUAGUGGAGGAGGAAGAGUGUGAAUUGAAUGAUUCAAGUCAGUUUAAAGAGGAUGGGUCAGGGUAUGUAGUACAAGAGGGGGAGGGAUUUGAAGGAGGAGAAGAUGAGAGCCAUUUGAAUCAGAAGGAAGGCAAAGUGUUGCGUCACUUGGAGGGAGGUAGAGCCGCUGGUCUCUGAAGGCAGGGAAGAAAACUGGAA